UUUUCGUGGCAAAUUCGGGUUCAAGAGAGCUAAAGUGAGAACAAGUCUGUAGAAAGCUGUUUUUUUACGUACGGUUUUUUUUUGCGAUGUUUUUUGCACUGUGGUCGUGAUGUCACCGCCCAAUUAAUACUGUCGAGGUGAAAACUAGGCCUGGGAAAUGUGCGGCAUCUAGUUUAUUUCGUUUUGCAGAGCUCCACGAAGCAACAAUUUGAGUGUCCUCGGUUCGUUUCCGCUGUAACUGGUGUUCGAGAAGAUACUUUUGUUAGCUCUCCGCGGAACAUUCCUGAAAAUGUUACGGCCAAGCUCAAGAGUUUGUUUCUUUUCAUUUGCUCUCUCAAACAUACCUUUCUGUGUACUCGUCUGAUUAAAAAAAAUUGCACCAGGCCUACGACGAACCUACAGUCUGCCUUCUUCGAUAAUACCAACUGCAACACUGAGUCGUUCUCAAUUUACUACCAUGUAUUGCAUCUUAAGCCAUAAGAACAUUUAAUAUUAAUACUUUUUUUUCCAACACGUGUUCAAUUUAAGGUGAUGGACUACUCGUAUGACGACGAUUUGGAAGAACUGUGCCCGGUGUGUGGCGAUAAGGUUUCUGGAUAUCACUACGGACUGCUGACAUGUGAAAGUUGCAAGGGGUUCUUCAAGCGAACAGUACAGAACAAUAAACGGUACACUUGCGCAGAAAACCAGGAUUGUAAAAUUGACAAAACGCAACGAAAAAGAUGCCCGUUUUGUCGGUUUCAAAAAUGUCUGACUGUCGGAAUGAGAUUAGAAGCCGUCCGCGCAGACCGCAUGCGGGGGGGGAGGAAUAAGUUCGGGCCGAUGUACAAGCGGGACAGGGCUCUGAAGCAGCAGAAGAAGGCUUUGAUACGGGCCAACGGCUUCAAGUUAGAGGCGACGCCACCUCUCGUCUCCCCGGUGCAGAGUGACUACACUCUUUCAGGCAGCCUCCACGGGCUUCACUCCGUCUCGAAGAGCAUCCCCCCUCCGACUCCAGCCUCAAUAACCCCCUCAGACUAUGAUCAAGUCCCCUAUGGACCCCCAGCAAUCGGCAUGGCCAUGCAGAAUCAUGUCCCCCUGCCAGGCUACCAAUAUGUGUCCUUCCCGAACCGUGCCAUUAAAUCAGAGUACCCCGACCACUACACCAGCUCUCCAGAGUCCCUGUCUGGCUAUCCUUACCCAGAUGCCUACCAGACCAGCUCCCCUCCCAGUGUCCCCCAGCUGAUCGUGGAGUUUCUCCGCUGCGACCCAGACGAACUCCAGGUCCAGAACAAGAUCCUUUCUUACCUGCAGCAGGAGCAGGCCAACCGUGGCAAGCUGGAGAAGCUCAACACCUUUGGCCUUAUGUGCAGAAUGGCAGACCAGACGCUCUUCUCCAUUGUCGAAUGGGCAAGGAGCUGCAUCUUCUUCAAAGAGCUCAAGGUAGGAGACCAGAUGAAGCUUCUUCAUAACUGCUGGAGUGAACUACUAGUGCUUGAUCACCUUUACAGACAAGUACAGCACAGCAAAGAAGGGAGUCUACUUUUGGUCACUGGCCAAGAGAUUGAGCUAUCAACCAUAGCAACCCAAGGUGGGGGGACCUUGAAUAAUCUUGUUCUGAGAGGUCAAGAGAUAGUAAGCAAGUUACAGUCUCUACAAGUCGACCGGAGAGAGAUUGCCUGCUUCAAAUUCCUUAUGCUUUUUAAUCCUGAUGUGAAGCUUCUGGAGAACCAUCACUUAGUAGAGAGUGUCCAAGAGCAAGUCAAUGCUGCUCUCCUGGAGUAUACCAUGUGUAACUACCCACAGUUUAUGGACAAGUUUGGACAGCUGCUCUUGAGAUUACCAGAGAUCCGCUCUCUGAGUUUACAGGCUGAGGAGUACCUGUAUUACAAGCAUCUAAGUGGUGAUGUGCCUUUUAACAACCUGCUUAUAGAGAUGCUUCAUGCCAAAAGAGCCUGAGACACACCUGUCUAGCUGCUUGAAGUGGAUGCAGACAUUCUCAGAACUCCCUGUUGACGGCGAGACAGCAGAAGACCACAAAGGAUUGGAAAGUGAGGUUUGGAGAAGUGUUGAGGAGGACUGGACUGUUUUUUAUUAAAUAUUUAUGGGUGGGAUUUUCAAAGCUUCCCCGCCCCCGCUAAAGGAAAAGGUGAUCCUCAUUGUUUGAAAAGAAUUGUAAAAAAGUUUUGACCAGUUCACUUAAACCAGAGAUAUUACUAUAUGUUGAACAGCUUCCUGGUAAAUAAGAAAAAGUGUU